CGCAGCAGUUGGAUCAACUGUCCUGAAUCGGUGAUUCGUCUCUCUCGCAAAGUCUCAGAGUAAAAGAGACCUCUGUUGAAUCCUAUCAAAGAAACGAAGGCCAGCGAUAGAGAUUAGCACAUAUUAUAUACGAAGCAGGAGGAGGAGGAGAAGGAAAUGUCAACAGCGCCAUCACUAGUUGCUCGGCUUCACUCCCCAUUCCUCUGUUGCCCUCUCAAGCUCUCUUCUUCUUCCUCUCCCAAGUCCCGCUUCAACCACCGCCCUUCCCCACUGUCUUAUCCAUCUAUCAAAGCAAUUGAUCUUGAUCAAAACACCGUGGUGGCAGUGUCAGUGGGGCUUGUGAGCGUUGCUGUGGGGAUUGGGAUUCCGGUUUUCUAUGAAACCCAGAUUGACAAUGCCGCAAAGCGAGAGAACACUCAGGCGUGCUUCCCUUGCAGCGGUUCAGGCGCUCAAAGGUGCAGAUUCUGCUUGGGGUCAGGAUCUGUGACCGUAGAGCUUGGUGGGGGCGAGAAAGAAGUGUCAGCAUGCAUCAACUGUGACGGUGCUGGCUCUUUGACAUGCACCACAUGUCAGGGCACCGGCAUCCAACCCCGCUACCUCGAUCGCAGAGAAUUCAAGGACGACGACUGAGUUGACAAAGAUGACUGUAAUGAUGGUUCCUGGACUGCACGCAGUUGAUAGCUUGUUCAAGGGGCACAUCUUUUUUUUCUCUCCCCUUUUCUUUGUUUAAUUCUAAUUUUUCUUUCUUUUCUCAUUGCACAUCUUGUAAUGCAUCGAGUUGUUUAACAUGGGCUUCUUCUGAUGUAAAAUCUGAUAUCAAGUAAAUACAGUGGGCCUUCUCCCUUGUAGCUGCAA